AUGGCUGAUAUCAAGAAAGACAUUAAAGCACCAGUCACCCCAAAAGUCUACAAGAACAUUACAAUUACCAUUACUUCUACUAAGGUUAAAGCUGUUGAAAAUCUUUGUGCUGAAGUUAAAGAAAAUGGAAAGAAGAAAGGUGUUCAAGUUAAAGGUCCAGUCAGAAUCCCAACUAAAAUUCUUAGAAUCACCACUAGAAAGACUCCAUGUGGUGAAGGUUCAAAAACCUGGGAUCAUUAUCAAAUGAGAAUUUAUAAGAGAGUUUUGUCUAUGAAAACUACUCCAGAAACUGUUAAAGAAAUUACUUCUCUCAAAGUUGAACCAGGAGUAGAACUUGAAGUUGCCAUGUUCGAUUAA